CAGAACCGAAACCUGUAGUUUUUAUAUGCAAGUGGUUUUCUAUAUAUAAAACAAGGAAAAAGGAAAAAAGUGAAAACAGGCAGCCCGCCAGCCUAGACAUUCUGUUUUAAGCGGUGACACUCAGGUUUCAAUUUUCCGUAAUAAUUCAAGGACUUGGCUGGAGGUAGAGAUAGAGAUAGAUGGAAACGCCAGGAACCGCAAAGAGAACAGAAGAGACUCCGAGGAGAAGAAAGAAGAAGAAGAUUUGAGGAGGACAAUACAGAUUUUGAUUUUUUUUUUUUUUAAAUUCGUUUAAUUGACACUUGAGGCAGUAGUUUGUUUUAUCUGGUUUGAUCGGUUGAUCAAUUUUAGGCAGGCCGGUGUGAGCUUGGGUUUAUUUCUUUGGUUUUAUAUGAUCGCAGGCUUCACCGGUUCUGAUUAUCUGCACAAUCUGAUGGAAGAAUUAUACUUAAAAUAUAGUUGCAUUUAAUUGGUGGAUUUUAGUAUCCUCUGCCAUUAAAGAUUACAAGUUUAAUGGUCUUUACGGCAUUGAUAGGUUUGGAGGACUUGAAUCCAUUUGGUUAAAUUGUAAACAUGGUAAUUGAUUCUAGAGUUUCAGAUUAAUGGAUUUAGGAGAAGUUAGAUAUCACAGAGGAUAAGAAUAGAUAAGGAUUCUCUUAACUCGUUGUGGGAUAUCGAAACCAACUCUGUGGAUGGGUUUGCCUCAAGUUUCCUCUAGCAGCAUUGCUGAGGAAGUGGCUGUAUCUUUGAGCACAUUGGUGCCAACCCCAGCUCGGCAUGUUGGUGUAAGCAAUUGCGAUUUGACUGGGAUGCAGGGAGGAAAUCUUAGCAAUAGAAUGCAGAUGGAUUUUCCAUGCUUUUCUUUUGGAGACAUCCAGAAGAAAACAGUUGUGGAUCAUAAGAAUGUUUGGUUGACUCAUAAAAGUGGACAGAGCAUUCAGACACCUAUUUCUAGGAUUGUAGGUUUUGAAUCAAGGGGUUUGAAUUCUCCUGUUAAUUUGUUUAAUGAAAACCACUCUGUGUCUACUGUUGUUAGUAGCAGUGGUGAUGUAAAUGAGUCCAUGGGGUCGCUCGUCAGAAAGCGUUUACUAUCUCCUUUGAGUGGAAUGCUUCUUCCUGAUCAAUUUAAUGGCGAUUCUUUAGACAUUGGUGACAGCAUUUACAAGAGUAACUUUUGGAGUGGCAAAGACAAUUAUAAGGUUUGUGCGACACAAGAACAUAAAAAAGCUCAUAUUGGCAGUUCCAAUUUUUUUGAUUCUCCAAACUGGUGUGCACCUUGUCUUCCAGAGUGGAAGAAUUUACAGGAUGAUACUUACAGAAAAAGCUCCAUUUUCUUCUCCGAUGGUCCUAUUCUUGAGGACAAAGAGAUGAAGCCUCACGACCAAUCUGUCUCACCACCUGGGCUCAAUUGUUUUGAGGGAAAAACAAAGGUAAGGUCCCAAACUGGGGCUAUUGCAAUACUUGCAAAAAAGGCGGCGUCACCUCCCUUGUCAUUGUCCCCUCUUGGUCCAAAACUUACUGAACAAAUAAGAUCUGCAGGAUUAUGCAGCAAUGUCACAGAAAAGUUAGAUGAUGAAUACUUGACUUUCAAGGACAUAGAACAGUCGCUUGAUGGAACUUUCCCUGGCAUUUUAUCUUCCCAGAAGCACAUGGACUCUAGGGUACUGCAUGAAUCAUUGCUGGAUGUUGAUAAUCUGCAUAAAAAGUUUGAUGUGUUUAUGCCAGAGCUCACUGGGGAUGUGGUGCAGCCAUUGGGCAAGGAUUCAAUUGGUACUUCUCCAUGUGUCAAAUUAUGUAGAACGCUUAGCGGAUUGCCUGUUAGAAGGUCCUUGGUUGGCUCAUUUGAGGAGUCCCUAUUAUCUGGUCGAUUACUAUCUGGUAAAGUUAGCCAGAAAAUUGAAGGGUUCCUUGCUGUUCUUAAUGUCACCGGAGGGAAUUUCACACCACAAUCACAGAAACUUCCUUUUGCAGUGACCAGUGUAGAUGGAGAUAACUACUUACUAUAUUACUCAUCGAUAGAUCUAGCAGGGCAUUUUCCACCAAACAAAUGUAGUGGGCCUAGUGGCACAAAGAUGAGGAGGAGCCUAAGCAUUGAUGAUUCACAACCAGAAAAAAGCAGGCUACGUAUUCCUAUGAAAGGGCGAAUUCAAUUGGUUCUCAGUAAUCCAGAAAAGACACCUAUUCACACUUUCUUUUGCAAGUAUGAUUUAAGCGACAUGCCAGCUGGUACCAAGACGUUUCUUCGCCAAAAGAUCACCUUAUCCUCAGCUGGGAAUGGGAGAAAUGGUGACUCUGACAUAAAAAAUGUUGUCAAGCAAUGUUCAAUCCCAGACGAGAGGGGGACUUCCAAUUUAAAUGGACUUGAUGCUGAACAUACAGUAAGAUCUCCAAAUGUAAAUACUGGCAUGGAGGGCAACAGCCCUCCAAAUUCACCCAGUGUAUAUGUAAGCAAAUCUACACAUAGCCCUUCAAAGGCCAAUGAAAACAAUGCUGGAGCUGGAGUUUUACGUUAUGCUCUUCAUCUCCGUUUUUUAUGUCCUUUCCCCAAGAAAUCUCCAAGGUCAGUCCAGAGGUGCAAAUCUGAUCCUUCAUCGGCACCAGCAGGAAACAAGAUGUACAUGGAAGGGGAUCGUCGGUUCUACUUGUAUAGCAAUAUGAAGGUGGUGUUCCCACAGCGCCACUCAGAUGCUGAUGAGGGCAAGCUACAUGUAGAAUAUGAUUAUCCCUCAGAUCCCAAGUACUUCGACAUUUAAAUGCCCGGUAAGCUAUCCUCUUGAAAGCUGGUUAUACAACUUUUGUACAGAUGUGUACAUUCAAUUUCCUUUCGUCCUCUGAUGGGUUGGAAUUUCCCGUUCUAUUUGUACAUAUUUUUCAUUUUUUUAAAAAAAAAAAAAAUUAAAUUAUAUAAUUUAAUUUGAUUAUCAUCGAGA